UAUAAUGAUGCUACGGGCCAACUCACUCGCGGUGGCGAAUCUGUCGUCCUAGUGACCUACGAAUCAGCUGUCGAAAGUCGACAGAACGAGACGUCGUUGCCGGCUGAUGCCAAUCACUCCACGAUCGCGAAAUUGUCCGAAUAUUCAGAAUCAAUCUAUCCUGAAGUCCGAGACAUGAUCGUACACAGCUUGUUAUCUGAGGCAAAUACAGAAGACGCGCUCAACCAUGACGAGAAACAUCAUUUGGUGUGUACGGGUGCCAAUGUACUGUCCAUCUUUGACCAUAACCUGACAUUUGUCAAUAGGCGGCAUUGAUUGAUGGUGAAUCGUCUGAUCAGCGGACUACGUCAAGAACGCCACAGCCGGUCGAUUCCCCAGUCGCCGCUCCUUCCCACGUUCUCUCAGUGUCGGGGCAAGACAGAGAGAACAUGAAUACUGAAACGCAGGGUGCGACUUCAAUAGUUGAAUCGCCAAACAAUGAAUUCAACAACAGAUCAGCGCUUGCUUUCACCGAUCUGCGAAUCAGCGAGGAGACCGAAGAAAAUGCUGAGAUCGAGGCCGUUCCCGCUGGAUCGGCGACCAUGUCAACUACACUCGAUGUUGACCUCGAGAAAUCGUCAUUCAAAGCUUUGUGCAGAAGCUGUCGAGCUGAGAUUACAUUAUCGCAUCCUUUCUACACAUGCAUACCGUACAGCAUUAGUCAUCCAAGCAAACACCCUGGCGGGUCAUACGAUGUCUGUCUAACGUGUCAAGCAAGCGUGAAGACCUGCCUCGUACACAAAAGGGUACUCCACAGAAUUGACGUGGUCUGGCACAAUGGCAAGCCGUUUGACCAAUUCCACAUUAAUCGCGGGGAGGAGCCCGGAGACUCGGCGUUGGUAGCAGCACUAAAAGCACGCGAUUUGGAUCGCCUCAACCGUCUGGCCAAGAUCCCCGGCUUGAUGGACGCUUCUGAUGUAAAUGGACAUGCGCCGCUACACAUUGCAGCUACUCUCGGGUUCGAAGCAGAAGUGAGAUGCCUGAUAAAGAAUGGAGCUGAUCUCGAAACCAAAAACGUUCAGUCACAAACUCCACUUUUCAACGCCAUUGGUGCCCAGGAAUUAUCUAUUGCAAUCUUACUGAUUGAAAGCGGUGCCAACAAAGCUGCCAUCGACGGGUUCCUUAUGAGCCCGCUACACUUCGCAUGUUCCUUGAGUUUAACCGAGGCAGUUGCGAUGCUUCUCUCUACAGAACCUGCAGAAAAUAUCGGCACGUAUGCAGACCAAACACCCGAUAAUGGAGACUCAGCGUUGUUGCUGGCCUGCGAAAAUGGCAAUUUCGCCAUUGUCAGGGCUCUGCUUGAAGCAGGCGCGGAUCCCAACUUAAUGGCCCGUAACGAAAGUGGACAUCUGCGUCCUGGUAGCCACAGACUACCCGAAUCGCAGCAAGGGCUCGAGAUAUUGCGGCUCCUGGCUGAGUUCGGAGCGGACUUUUGGCGCAAGGAUACAUCUGGAUGGACUCAAUUACACAUGAACGCAUUCUCUGGCAGAGCAGACUUAUGUCGUGAGUUGUUCAAUAUCAGCACCAACUCAGAUCAGCUGAAAAGUUCUCGAUCAGCCGCUGCGGAUGUUGGCAAUCGUGCUGCCCACUGGGAUACCUUGAAAACGCAGCUCAAUGCUGAUCCGAAUGCGAUCACAAAUAAUGGUUAUACUGCAUUAUUUCUGGGAGCAUCCAAUGGCCAUGCAGAUGUAUGUCGAACGCUGUUGGAAUUCGGCGCGAAUCCGAGCAUCACAGCAAAGCCGCGGCGGCCUACCUUCCCCGGGAGCUUUUCUGGAAUACACACACCACUCACAUCGGCGAGCUACCACGGACAUGAAGGUGUAGUGAGCGCCUUGAUCAGCUUCGGUGCAUCCGUGGGACCAAUUCUAGGGGGCACCUCCCCGCUACUCGAGGCGACUCGAGGAGGUUACCUCAAGAUUUGCGAAAAGUUGAUCACCGCUGGUGCGGACAUGAAUUGGUGUCAUGGUGACCAAACUGCAUUGUCCAAUGCGGCAGAGUAUGGCAGAGUCCGCAUCGUUCAUAUGUUGUUUAAAAAGGGCGCCCGCGCGUGGCCCCUCAAAAACAAUGGGUAUCGAAAGAAAUUGUUCUUCGAGCCAGGCGUCGAUCAACAAUCGCGCUACAGAAUUGCACAAGCUUUCAAGGCGCAAAAAUUGGUUUACACGCGUUCUGCAAAGACACCCAUCUCUUGAAGAGAACGGUCAUUCAUCGUUGGUGUCCGAAGGUAAAGCGACAAGGUGCAAGUCUAUUGCGUGAUCCCUGCCUGUUUCAG